AUGCCGGCCACCACCACAACCCCUUUGCCCAGCGAGAUGCUCGCGGCUCAAUUAGUCGAAUUCAAGGCCCCCCCGGUGGUUCAGAAAACCAAAACCCCGACGGCCGCCGACUUGGGCCCCCAUGAUCUCAUCCUCCGGACCGCCGUGGCCAGCCUGUGCCACACCGACCUCAUGGUCCAGGCCGGGUUCAUGCCGCUGAAGCAUGGUCUGCCCAUGACGCUGUCGCACGAGGGCACGGGCGUGGUGGUCGCCGCAGGGGACGCAGUCGAAGAAUUCAAACCAGGCGACCGCGUCAUGUCCGGCAUCACGUUCCACGGCUGCGGCCACUGCGAGAAUUGCCGAGCCCCAGCCGACAAGGACUGGAAACAGUACUGCUUCGACACCGACGGCGCCUUGGGCGUCAUGACGGACGGCGCGUUCGCCGAGUACCACGUGGUUGACUCGCGUAUGAGCUGCAAGGUACCCGACGGGGUGAGUUUCCUCACCGCAGCGCCGCUGGCCUGCGCCGGCGUAACCGCCUACCGCGCCCUGCAAGUCAGCGGCGUCGAACCGGGCCAGUGGGUGGCGAUCGUGGGCGCCGGGGGCGGGCUCGGCCACUUUGGCGUGCAGUUCGCGAAGGCGCAGGGCAUGAAGGUGAUCGCGGUGGAGGCGCGGGACGACGGGCUCGAGAUCGCGCGGAAGUACGGCGCCGACCACGUGCUGGACGCGCGUGAGGGCAAGGACAAGGUGGCCGAGCGCGUGCGGGCCUUGACAGGAACGAACGGCGGCGUUGACGCGACGGUCAACGUGAGCGACCACCCGUCGACGGCGGCGCUGGCGGCGGCCAUCACGCGCACCCACGGCACCGUGGUGCAGGCCGCGCAGCCGCUCGAGGUCACGGUGCCGUUCCAAGAGAUCGUGCUGCGCGACAUCACCAUCAAGGGCACCAUGCACGGUGGCAAGGGUGUCGCCGAGCAGAUGCUCCAGGCCGUCGCCAAGCACGGCAUCGUGGCCGAGGCCCAGGUCUUCGACGGCCUCGCUGGGGUGCCCGAGAUGUUCGAGCUGCUCGAGUCCGGCAAGAUCAAGGGCAAGGCCGUCUGCGUGGUUGAUAAGGAGUUGGUGUGA